AUGCAAGCCAUUCAGACUGUGGAGACCCAGGUCCCUGUUUUGAAGGAGAGCUUUUUCAGAACUCCUUUCAGAGAGUGGAGGAAGGGCAGCGAAGCCAGCCUGAGAGGCCUCCGGCAGCAGCACUACCUGCAGCAGCCAGCAGAGGGAGUCGUGUGCAGGCAGGAGGGCCGCCCCCUGGGGCGCUCUGCCAGCAAUCCACUCUGCAGAGCCCCGGAGCCAACGCAGGGAGAGCGAGAGGCGUUGGCCUCGUUUGCAUCAGCACCGCAGGCUCCUCCGUCAGAGGAGAGCCAGGCUGGAUUACCGAGCAGAGCCGCGCAGAGAGGCAGAGCACGCAGCUUCCAGGAGCAGGAUGGCCUGAUCGCAAAGGGAGCUCGCCUGCUGAGGAUCAUGGGAAAUCAGGACGGGAAGCCCAGGAGGGCAGCGGGGGAGCCCAGCGCUGGCACUGAGCAAGCAGAGAAACUGAGGAAGGAACCUCACAGGAAGAAGUCACACGAUAAACAUUCCAAAGACGAGGCCUCCAGCAAAAAGAAACCCAAGUCCAGAUCCAAGCCCUCCGUUUUCUCCAGCCUCCGGAUCCAGAAGAAUCUGUCCAAAGUGAAGGGCUCUUUGGGGGGAUCUAAGGAGUAUUUUUUGGACAGCCAUGCCUCCCAGAAUGAUGAUCUGGGUAAGGGACAAUACUUUCCGGUCCACCCUGCAGACCUCAGCCUGUCUGCAGACGAGGUGGGGCUUUCAGACACUGAGCCAGAGCGUCUGCGUCUCAACGCUGACAGCCGGCAGUCCACUGUGGACACGCAGGAGGGACACAGAGCCAGCUCCAGCUCCGACACAGACAUCUACAGCUUCCACUCCGCCGUGGAACAGGAGUAUUUGCUCUCUGAUAUCCAGCAGGCUAUCUGUCAGCAACAGGGGGUCAGUGCUUCAGACACAGAGGAGUCAGGCUCCAAAGAACAGAAUCAGGCUAAGACUGCUGCUGAACCCAACCCCCCUGACCCUCAGCCAAUCCCAGUCCUCAAACCCCUCUCUGAGCAGGAGAACAGCCUGGAGGCCGGGUUCAGUGCUUCACUGGACACCACAGAAAGAGAAAACAAACUCGACAGUACUGGAAAAGCUCAACAUGGGCAGUCAGCUCUUUGCAGCGCCUUUGGGACAGAGCCUCACCAGACGUUGAGUGACAGCCCCCGGACGCCUACAGCUGACACUGACUGGAGGAGUGGGAUUCCUGUUACCAGGACAGCCCGCAUAAAGAGCGUCCAUGACCUCACAGCGUCAUUUGAAAGUGUAGAGGAGCCCAUAGAGGAGCAUGGAGAGCUGCUCACCCAAACGGCCGAGACCAAGAACAGCCGCACCAGAGGCCCCAAGGACAGAGAGGACAGAUCGCUGCACGGGCGUCGGGUGAGGGUUGCGGAAUCGCUGGAAAACAGCGGGGAGCUGACCUUUGAGGACAUCCCAGAGCGCCCUCUGGUGGAGAGGAGGAAGAGCAGCAUUUCCUUCUCUCAGUGGGUCUCAGAAAGUCCCUGUCCCACCGGACGGCGGAAGUCCUCUGUGUCAACCCCUCCGGUGAAGUCAUACCCCACCAUCCAUCCAUGCUAUGUGAAAACCACCACCCGCCAGCUGAGCUCUCCCGGGCACUCCCCUGUCACCUCACCUGCACACAGUCCGCUGUUCCGCCGACGCUACGAGCCCGGCCACUGGGGGGCGGUGCAGCGGGGGAAGAGGCAGAGGUCCUGCAGCAUCGCAGGCCUCCUCAGCCCGUCUGCGGAUUGGGCGGAGGAGCUGCACAAGCUCCACCCCCGGCCGGCCGACUCAGCUGAGCGCCUGUAUUUCGGGGACCCCCGGACCCCUGCAGCCAGACAGAGGUCCUCCGGUUGGCUGUCCUCCUCCCUCAGCUUCCAGGACGUCUUCACCGGGCGCACCCUGCUGGAGAGGUUCUUUGGACAGCAGGAGGGCGUGGCAUGUGAGGAGGCGAAGGAGCUGUGCUCACGGGUUCUGGCCAGAGGGCUUCUGCUGCCCUUCAGCUCCUGCUUCCAGGAACAGGAGGGGGGCAGCUGCACCCACACGGCGCCGCAGUUUGAUGAAGAUGAGCUGUACACCUGGGCCACAGUCAGCCAGCCCCCACCCUCCUCUGAGCGCUCCGAGGGCCGUGUCCCGGGACGUAUCCAGGCCCUGUGGCCCCCGCCCAAACCGGGAGGGGCGGAGAGAGCAGGGCUCAGGUACACAGAGGCAGAGGAUGAUGACAAGCAUCAAGCAAUCAUCCUGGGGCUGAAGAAGCAGCAGAGAGAGGCAGAGCUGCAGCUGCAGGAGGAAUCUGCCUCGGCAGUGGUGAAGAUGAAGGAGGAGUACGUCAGUAUGAUUCAGCAGCUGGAGCAGACGGUCGAGGAUUUAAAGACCAAAGUCACCACGUUGGAACAACAGCGCUCCCUGCUGGAGAAAGACGGUUUCACUGAAGGCAGCAGGAGUGGAGAGGCGGCUCUGAAAGCCGUGCAGCUGCAGUCUGAGGAGCGAUCGUCUCGGAGCCUGGAGGCCAAGGCGGUGCAGACAUCGCCUGUGGAGGACAGUGUUUGGGUUAACGGGCCCUUCCUGGCACCCCCUCCUCCACCCUUACCUGACUUACCUGUGGCCCCGCCCCCACCCCAACCUCCUCCCCCUCCCCCGGUACCAGGCUGUGCUGUGCCACCUCCACCCCCUCCCCCAUUACAGGGCUGGGCUCUCCCACCCCCCCCUCCCCCUCUGCCGGGCUGUGUCGUACCACCACCCCCUCCUCCACCGUUACCAGGGCAUGGAGUAGGCCCCCCUGUGCCACCUCCUCUCCCGGGCUUUGGCCCUCCGCCCCCACCCCCUCUCCCGGGCUUUGGCCCUCCGCCCCCACCUCCACUGCCUGGAUUGGGCCCUCCGCCCCCCCCUCCACCCCCUGGCUGUGGACCCCUUCCCCCCCCGCCCCCCCCGCCAGUGGGGCUGUACGGCCUGGCUACUGCAGAACAGAAGGGGCCCCUGAAGGCAGUGGUGGAGCCCCCCAGGCCCAUGAAGCCACUGUACUGGACCAGGAUACAGCUGCACAGCAAAAAGGAAGCAAGCGGAUCUUUAGUGUGGGAGAAGGUCAAGGAGCCAUCAGUGGAUUUUGAAGAGUUCGUUGAGCUCUUUUCCAAAAGUACCAUGAAAGAGAAGAAAAAGCCCCUGUCUGACACCAUCUCAAAAUCAAAAGCCACACAGGUGGUGAAGCUGUUGACCAACAAGCGUUCUCAGGCUGUGGGGAUCCUGAUGUCCAGCCUGCACCUGGACAUGCGGGACAUUCAGCAUGCUGUUCUGAACUUGGAGAAUUGUGUGGUUGACCUGGAGACCCUACAAGCUCUGUAUGAAAACAGAGCGCAGCCAGAUGAGAUGGAGAAGAUCGAAAAGCAUAUCAAGUCAUCCAAAGAAAAGGAAAACGCGAAGCCACUGGACAAACCUGAACAGUUCCUCUUUCAGCUGUCCCAGAUCCCCAGUUUCUCAGGAAGGGUAUUCUGCAUCCUCUUUCAGUCUACCUUUGCGGAAUGUAUAUCCUCUGUCAUUCGAAAGCUUGAAAUACUUCAGAAAGUGUGCACGAUGCUGUAUAGUAGUGAGGGAGUGAUGCAGGUUUUGGGCCUGAUCUUGGCCUUUGGGAACUUCAUGAACGGUGGGAACAGGAGCAGAGGCCAGGCUGACGGCUUUGGCCUGGACAUCCUCCCGAAGCUGAAAGAUGUGAAGAGCAGCGACAGCUCUUGCAGUCUUUUGUCUUACGUCGUUUCUUACUAUUUGAGGCACUUUGAUGAGGAGGCUGGCUACCCUCUCCCGGAGCCCCACGACCUGUUCCAGGCCUCACAGAUGAAGUUUGAAGAUUUUCAGAAGGAUCUGCGCAAGUUAAGGAAAGACCUCAAUGCCUGCAGCGCAGAGACAGAGAGGGUGUGCCGCGACUCCACAGACCAUCACCUGCAGCCCUUCAAGGACAGAAUGGAGGAGUUCCUGUGCCGAGCGAAGACUGAGCUGGAGACGGAGGAGAGACAGCUGGCUGCCGUUCACACUGCGUUCUUGGAGUUAACCGUGUUCUUCUCUGUCAAAGCUAAGGCGGGAGAGAAGGAGGUAUCCCCGCACACGCACUUCUCUGUGUGGCAUGAGUUCUCCACAGAUUUCAAAGACCUUUGGAAGAAAGAGAGCAAAGUGAUCUUACAGGAGAGGCUGAAGGCUGCAGAGGACAACGUCAGACAGGCCAAAGAGAAGGCCGGCUACAGCGUCAAACCUAAACAAGCCUCUGGAAUAAAAGCCAAACUGGGCACCAAGAUCUGAAGAGCUGGAAUUGUUCCUUUCUAGAAGUUUGAAAGAAAAGCAGAAAAGCAUCAACAGAACCAUGAUCUGUGACACUAGGUCUUCAUUUUACUUUAGUUUGGUUCUUUUUCUGGAAUGUUUAACACUUUAUGCUUUUGACAUGACAUCUGUGCACACAAACUGCCUGCCUUGUGUCUCGUGUAUGCUGCCCGGAUGAUGCAUAAUGACCUUUACAUGGGAAGAGGAGGUGGGCCUCCACAGCGCGAACUAAACUGCGGUCCCUCUCUUUCAGAUUCAUUUUAUAGCUGCAAUGAGGCAACUUUGACACUGGUUUGAAAAUGGACAGAAUGUGUUUCAGUGCACACAACCUAAAAAGUUUGAAUGAAAUCAUGUGCUAUGAAUGUGUAAAGAGAGAGGUUUCGCUGUGCAUUGAAAUGUUCUGGGUGGAUAGACUGGUGUGCCAUUCUUAUUUGCUCAGGCAGACUGAGGGUCAAUCUGAGGGUUACUGCUCUUAUGACCAUGUUUCAGGAGGUGUUCAGCUUGGCCAUCAACAGCAUUACUUUGAGCCACUGGUAUGAGCUUUAAUUACUCUGGUGCUGGUGGAAAAUUUAUAAUUUAUAAAGCAUCAUUUU